ACAGGAGUUCCUGUCGAAAUUUCCGAUAUAGAUUUUUCUGCGGAAAAAUGGGCAGACUUGGCCUGUAGUUGAGGAUGAACUGGCUUUUUUUCAUCAGUCAUUUUGUAUAUGUGGUGGCGAAGCGACAGAAAGCAUGAUUGCAUGUGACGACAACGACUGCACAGUGAUAUGGUUUCAUUGCGAGUGUGCAGGGUUGACAGCAAAAACUAUCCCAAAUAGCCCAUGGACUGUCCAAUGUGUACUGAAAAACAAAUUAAUAGCACAAACAAGCCUGGAAAUGUUGUGAAAGAAAUGGACAUUGAUGGAAAGACAGGACAAAGAAGACAUGUGAACAAAAUAAAAGUGGCUUGUACAUCGUCGUAUACUGUGACAGAUGCCCUCUGUAAUUCUACCCAGCUUAUGAAAACUGCAUUGAAAAACAUUCAAAGCAAUCCAAAAUUAAAGUUGAACAAAAAACUUGCAGAAGAGAUGAGUCCUGUGUUCAGCGCACUACUAUCUUCACCAACCACUGAAGAACUAUCCUGUUUUAUUAUUAAAAAAAUAUGGCCAGGUCUUU